AUGCCGUUUCGACCUGGCCGCGUUGAUGCGACGGAAGCUGGAAAGACGACUGGUGUUCCAGCACCAGAGACGGAUCUAGAAGAGACGUUACUUUUCUUCGAGCGCGCGGGGUUCGACAAAGUGGAUGCUAUUGGGCUCACGGCUUGCGGACACACUCUGGGCAGCGUACACCACGGCGGCUUCCCGGAGGCUGUAGACGACAGCUUCGUCACGCCCAAUAACACGAAUGGCGGUAGUAACUUCGACACUACACGCGGAGUCUUCGACCCAAACGUCCUCGGCGAAUACUUGAACGGAACGGGAAACAAAGGAGGACCGCUAGUCAUGUCGUAUAACGACACGAUGAAUUCCGAUAAACGGCUUUACGAGAGCGAUAAGAAUGCGACGAUGCAUGCUCUAUUCGCGCAAGGAACAGGCUUUCUUGCGACGUGUGCCGAUCUCAUGGGCCGAGCCAUCAACACCGUACCUGCUAGUGUUCAGCUCUCCGAGCCAAUUACUGUCAUGCCGGUCAAGCCUGUGAAUGUCACCUACGAUUUCAGCGAGGAAGGAAAAUUGACGCUUUCUGGAAAGAUCAGGAUCCUCACACCGGCAGGCAGCUCACCACCGCAAUCACUAACCCUUCGCAUCAGCCACCACGGGAUGGAACUUGAACCAGAAAUCGAGACGGGCAGCACAGUCUUUGGCCGCAGUGGUGGUGAAUACGGAAUUUCGACGUACUUUCCGUUCUCGCUUUCCGGACCCGCCAUUCAAAAUGCCACGUCUUUCUCCGUCCAGGCACCCGAGGUACCGGAACAGAGUUUUCGGAUCAGUAGCCAAGUCUUCGUCGUUCCAAGCCUAACCGUUCUGAGCGGCACAGCACUCAAUGUGACAGUUGCUGACUGCCAAAAGAGCUCGUGUGAAGAUUUGACUAUCCACGUUUCCGCCCCGAUAACACAGCGUGGCACGCUGGCGCCGAAGAUGAGUGGGAUGCAUAUGGUAUUGAGUGGAGUGAAACAGGAAAGAAAGUUACUAUCGGAGCUUUCAUGGAAGGGAAGCAUGUUGACACCCUUCUGGUUAAUGGAGGGCGAGCUGGCUGGUAAGAUGAAGGGACCUGAACUCGUGUCGCCUCUUGCUGCACUCGUGUUGUUGAACUUUGAAAACUAG